AUGAUUAGAGCAGGAUCUACUACAGGAACAAGAGGUGGUAUAGCACGCUGUGUGUUACUAGCAAAUGCACAGGCUGCUCGUUAUGAGCGUCAAAACCUAGUUACAAAUUACUCAGCUAUCCGUCAUUAUAGUAAUGGCGAGAAAAGUUUGAAAGAACGUUUCGCAGAGGUUAUACCUUCUAUGGCGGACGAGAUCAAGAGAUUCAAAAAAGACCAUGGCAAUGUUGUUAUUGGUGAAAUCAAGUUAGAACAAGCAUAUGGUGGUAUGCGUGGUAUCCCAGGUAUUGUUUGGGAAGGAUCCGUUCUCGACCCACAUGAGGGAAUUAGAUUCCGUGGACGUACUAUCGCGGAGAUUCAGAAGGAGCUACCAAAGGCUGAGGAUGGUCACGAGCCUUUGCCGGAAGCUUUAUUUUGGUUAUUGUUAACUGGUGAAGUACCUACGGAAACACAAGCUAAGGCGCUUUCAUCCGACCUUAUGUCACGUUCCGAGUUACCACAACACGUUAUCAAGCUCUUGGACGGCUUACCAAAAGACUUGCAUCCAAUGGCCCAAUUUUCUAUGGCUAUUAUUGCCUUGGAAUCUGAGUCCAAGUUUGCUAAGGCAUACGCACAAGGUGUAUCGAAGAAAGACUACUGGAACUACACAUUCGAGGAUUCGUUAGACUUGUUGGGUAAGUUGCCUGUUAUUGCUUCUAAAAUUUACAGAAAUGUCUUCAAGGACGGUAGAAUUUCAGAGGUAGAUCCUAAUGCAGACUACGGUAAGAACCUCGGUCAUUUAUUGGGCUUUGAGAAUAAAGAAUUUGUUGAUUUGAUGAGAUUGUACUUGACUGUACACUCGGACCACGAGGGUGGUAAUGUCUCUGCCCACACUACUCACUUGGUUGGUUCUGCAUUGUCUUCGCCAUAUUUGGCUUUUGCUGCCGGUAUGAACGGUCUAGCGGGCCCAUUGCAUGGUAGAGCAAACCAAGAGGUUUUGGAAUGGUUGUUCAAGUUGAGAGAGGAGGUUAAAGGUGAUUACUCUCGUGAAACUAUCGAGAAUUACUUAUGGGAAACCUUAAAUGCCGGCCGUGUCAUCCCAGGUUACGGGCAUGCUGUUUUACGUAAGACUGACCCUCGUUACACCGCCCAAAGAGAGUUUGCCUUGAAACACUUCCCAGACUACGACUUGUUCAAACUUGUCUCCAUGGUCUACGAGGUUGCACCUGGUGUGCUAUCCAAGCAAGGAAAGACUAAGAACCCAUGGCCAAACGUUGAUUCUCACUCAGGUGUAUUGUUGCAAUACUACGGUUUGACUGAGGCUUCCUUCUACACUGUAUUGUUCGGUGUUUCCCGUGCCUUCGGUGUAUUGCCUCAGCUGAUCAUUGACAGAGCUAUUGGUGCUCCUAUUGAGAGACCAAAGUCAUUCAGUACUGCUAAGUUGAAGGACCUUAUUGCCAGCAAGCGUACAAACAAACUUUGA